CUUUUCUCCUCACGAAGCUCAACCUCUUUCUUAGAAAUUUGCAUCCACAUAGACGCUCCAACUGUCUAUGAUGCGCCGCAAGUGACCCAGCGGCAUACUAUUAUCAAUAUAAAAACGCGUACAACCUUUUCAUAUCGCGUAGCAACCGUCGUUUCCCAGUCCUGUACGCGACUCCUCACCUUUCGACCCUGACCAUCCACGAGUGCAACAAAUGUGCUUUGAUGCCAACUAAGCAACAAAGUCUUCCUACCCUACUGACACGUAGCUGUGAUAUCCUGUUCAUCUGCUUUUACGAGGACACAGAGUUGCGUCUAUAGAAACGGUUCUGCCGUUCAUAGGACCUCGGUUACGUCUCAUCUCUGGAGAUGGCCACCAUGGCGACUUCUGGCAUGCCUUCAGCGCUGGGUGUACCUACGGCCGAUGAUACCAUGGAGAUAUCCUCCGAUGCUGGCAGAGGCGACCAAGAUAUAGAUCUCGAUUUCAUGGGCGACGAUGAUGCCAACAACGGCGUAGAUUGGAUGCUUCAAGAUGCCGCCACAGAUCGAGGCAAUCAGCAGGCAUCUGGCCAGCACGCAUCUGCCGACGAUCUAAUGUACGAUGAUGGUGACGAAAUCUCCUACGCAGAGGAGGAUACCAUGGAAGAUGACACUCCAGCUCAUACUGAGACUCAUAACAAUCCUCAAGACGUGGACAUAGACCUUGAUUCUCGCCCUGCCACUGCUGAGACCUUAUAUGACGCGACAGAAGAUGUAGAUCUUGAGGUGGAUAAUACAUACCAAGAACAGGAAGAAGAGACAUUGAUUGAUUAUGAAACCCUGGAAGACCAAGGGGAUCAACUGGUCGAACCUACGCAAGAGCUUAACGCUGUAUCUACGACUUCUGCUAUUGAAGAGCCACUGGCAAACGAGAAACCUGAGCUAGCUCCACAUGUCGAGGCGAUAUCCAAGCAGCCAACCAAACCGCCGCAAGUCGGAAAUGAGCCCAGCUUGGUGUCUGAUGGGAUAGCUCCGAAAGAUUUUGCGAAGUCAACAGAUGCGUCCAGCCAAGCAAUGGGGCAAGACGACUUGAUCCCCCCAGUAGAAGAGGAAGUCCAACACCUAGAAUCCUCGAAGCCGUUCCUGUCUUCACAGGCCCACUCCAAUCAGCAUGAAGCUGUUGCUACAUCCAAGGAUGAUCUCGCCACAGAUGGAGCGGACAAGCUGACACGAGCACACUCUGGUCCAGAUUCUGAGUUGGCAUCUGCCCCAGAAGCGGCUACAACGACCCAAAUAAACAACCUGACUCCUCUCCACCCCGUGACCAUUUACUACGCUUCAAGUGUAGAGUAUUCUCUUUUCCCUACCUCUGAACAUGAUGACCCCAAUACCUUCUUGCUUCAAAAUUCGUCUGUUGCUUCGAGCACAUUAAUCGAUUUCUUCCGUGCUUGUCGCAGUGUGCUGGAUCAGGAUCUUAAUGAUGAUCUAGAGCUGGAGCUCUACAUCGACAGCUUAAAUCUAACUAUUCCUGAAGAUUCAACUCAUUGCCGUGAAACUAGCCUUGCCCAGAUUAUAGAAGUUUACGUUGAGCUUAUGCGUAAUGCUGGAUUUGAAGAUCCCCCUCCCCUUUACGUCGAAAUGAAUGUCAAGGACCGAUUAUCAGCGCAACUAAGUAGCUUGUUCAAGGCAGCUAGCGAGAAAAAAGGCCUGUAUGAUCUGCCUUUUUAUCAGGACGAGACACUCAAGCAGUCCCCGCGCAGCAGUGGUGAGGAAGGAGAAGGAGGGGAAGAUGGGGAAGAAGAAGAAGAAGAAGUAGAAGAAGGAGAAGAAGAAGGAGAAGGAGAAGGAGAAGAAGAAGAGGAGCUGGAGGAUGGUGUGGUUGAGGGAGGUGAUGACUAUGCUGAAGAAGCUGGAUUAGAAGAUGCAAACAAAGAGGAGAAGAGUGGCGAUUAUGAACGAGAGGAUCAAGAACGGGUCGAGGACGAUGACGCCGAGGCGCAAACUGCAAAUUUGAAGACGGAGGCUUCUGCACAUGACCCCCAGAAUUUCGAACGUCGAAGCAAAGACCGCAGGAGUGCAAGUGAUGCGGAGAAUGGUAGCAAAAAUGAGGGCGAAGAUUGGAACGAAGAUCGUCAAGAGCAUCAGAAUGAACCGUCUCAGCUCGUUGCAGCGCCAGACGAAGGCGAUGAGAGCUCUUCCGGAUCGUCAACUUUACAAGAAGCCCAGCUGACAGCUCCAAGUGAGUGUUCAAUUUCUAAAGAUGGAGGAAUGUGGCUGAUCGGUUAUCCCGAUGAAGAGGACUAUGAUGAUGAGACGUCCGAGGCAGUCCAGAUUGAUGACGUCCCUGCUAAUAAUCAAGCCACUUCCGACGAAGGUCAAUAUGGCGCUCAAUACUAUGAUUCUGCAAACUCCGGACCCAAUGCGCAGGAGUCUUUUGGCACCAGCCACGAACAACACACAGAUUCAUUCGACAAUCAUACAUUAGAUACUGACACCUUUGACCAAGAGUAUGACGACUAUAACGAGUACGGCGCGGAAGGAGAGUAUAUCGAAGGAGCGCCAUCCGACGAGAAAAGCCACGGUGCCGACGAAAAGUGGGUGCAAGAUGACUGUCAACCCGAGGGUGCAGAUAUUGCAACUGCGCGUUCUGGUACCUUCGAGGUACCCGACGAAUCGGAGGAAGGAGACGAAGACGAAAUCACGUACGACGAUGAGUUCGCGGCCGAAAAUGAAGAAACUCAAGAAGCAACCACGCAAGAAGCAUCUGAGACCUCACCUCAUGGCAAGCGUAGCCGGGAAGAGGAUGAGGAUGGUCUGCUUGAUGGGAGCGAUCAAGAGUCGAAGCGUUUGAAGGCCGCCUGAACUCACGUCUGGCGUAUAUAGAGUCCUCUCUCCCCAACUCUCUCUCCUUGUCCAUGAAGGAGGCAGUCGCCUGGCCGAUCAGCUCGAUCUCGGUCACUGCACCGCGGCUUGAAGUGAGGCCCUGAAGAAUCGUCACUUUUCGAAUGUAGUAGUUACAGCUCAGCGGAUAAAGGCUGCCGAUGCAGCACUCAGAUAUCGAGGACGGAGGGAAGUGGCGCUACCGCUUUCACCAGCUGGGCCAAAGUGCCCGUGCUUUCGUGCCGCAGAAGGUAUGCAUGUAAGUUGCCACAUCCUGAAGACUAACUUUCACAGCCGAUCGGACGCCAUUCUUUUCGUUUCGUUUCCAUUUUUCAAUUCAUGACUACUCAAAGUUCACUUACGCCUGUGUCUAGCAGAGGUUUGCAGCAUCUCUGCGGGCAGGUCUUUCGCUGCCAUGAAGGCUUUAUUCUGAAGCAUGGGCUUGGAGUAUGGGUAAAAAAAACACAACAGGACCAGAUGAUACCCUUGUGCGGCUGAGGAAACGCACACGCAGCUCAGCAGCUCAGCAUUCGGUUGGCGCUGCGUUCGAUUUUAUUUUUCUUUUUUUUUUUUCUUCUUUUCCCACCACGCUCGAAACAAAGCAGCGUGUCGAAUGUGACAUAAUCACGACGGAGAUGCUCAAGAUGCAAUCUCGUCGGCAGACAGACAAUGAAUGGUGCCAAUUCCAAAGCAGUG